GUCGUGCCCCGGGGUCUGUCCGACCAAUCGCGCCUCGUCAUUUUAAGCGGGAACUCUUCUCGCGACCUUGAACACACUUUAAAUUCAUCGCGAUCUCGCGUGAGAAGAAAAACCAAGUUGCAAGUUUUCUUCAGAAAGUGAAAGUUGGUGUAAAAAUUCGUGCUGUUGACGCGAUCCAUUGUUCCCGAGAUAUCCUCCUUUUCCUAUAUCAAGUUUCGCAGUGCGUCGACGUUUUUCAAACAAAACUUUGCAAAAAUUAGACCAAUUGUAGAUGCGAAGAGAAUUGUCGAAUAAAAACAAAAGAGAGUAAUAGGAGUUCGCGCGCGAUUGCAACAAACCUGUAAAAAAGCCGUGGUAUUGCGUUUUGUGUUUUUAAUGUUAAAUUGAUUGUCUGUAAUUGUCAAUAUAAUGGCGGAAGAAGAAACUGAAGAAAAGGAGUAUCGUUGGGAAACUGGUUACGAAAAAACAUGGGAAGCGAUCAAAGAGGAUGAUCAUGGAUUAUUAGAAGCAUCUGUCGCAGAUAUAAUACACAAUGCUAAGAGAAAACGUCAGUUAGAACGGAAACAAGGUGCCAGAUUGGGAAUGAUGAGACAUCUUUAUAUCAUCUUGGAUGCUUCUGAAUCAAUGUCACUUCAAGAUUUGAAACCAACUCGUUUCCUAUGUUCUCUAAAGCUUCUAGAAGACUUUAUCGAAGAAUUUUUCUAUCAAAAUCCUAUAAGUCAAUUAGGAGUGAUUAUAACAAGAAAUAAAAGAGCUGAGAAAAUUAGUGAUUUGGCUGGUAACUCGAAAAAACAUAUCAAGGAAUUACGAGCCUUACAAUUGACUGCAAUGACUGGCGAACCCUCGUUGCAAAAUUCUUUGGAAUUGGCCACAAAGUCGCUGAAGUUAUUACCUUCUCACGCCAGUAAGGAAAUCUUGGUAAUCAUAGGUGCUCUUACCACAUGUGACCCAGGAGACAUCAACGAAACAAUACAAAAUCUAAAACUGGACAGUAUCAGAUGUAGCGUAAUAGGACUAGCGGCUGAAUUGUUUAUCUGCAAACGAAUGGCGAGUGUCACCGGUGGCGAACACGGUGUUGCGCUUGACGACAAGCAUUACAAGGAGCAGUUAAAUGCGCACAUAGAUCCUCCACCUGCGGCGACGCGUUUAGAUGCUGCACUUGUUAAAAUGGGCUUUCCUCAUCAUGCUUUGCAGUCCAACGUAUCGGACACUUCUAUAACCGUGUGCAUGUGCCACGCAGAGAAUUCCGACGACUCGGUAAAACUUACGAGUACAGGUUACCUCUGUCCUCAGUGUCUCAGCAAACAUUGCGAACUUCCCGUGGAGUGUAGAGCUUGCGGUCUUACUUUGGUGUCAGCUCCUCAUUUGGCGCGAUCGUAUCAUUAUCUGUUUCCCGUUGAGCCUUUUAAGGAAGUUGCGUUUGAGGACAAUCACACUUUCUGUUUCGGUUGCCAAAAAGGAUUUACUCAAAAGGACAAAAAGGUUUAUAUAUGUGAAAAAUGUAAUCAAACAUUUUGCCUGGAUUGCGAGAUAUUUAUUCAUGAAAUUUUGCACACGUGUCCCGGUUGUGCAACAAAUCCUGAAACUUACAGAAACUCUGCCGAUCAAUCUUAAUGCGAUUUCGGUGCAAAUUUUACAUACAUAAAAAACAAUUUUAUCUUAGUCUAGCAUUUAUUGGUUUUACUCUGUCAAAGAGUAACAAAAACUAAUAAUACUUUUUGACAGAGUAACGAAACUAUUAAGUGCUACGUAAAAUUGUUAACAAACUCUUAGAAUUUGUAAUGUGAAAAAUGUGUUGUGUCACACUUGUAGAAAUUUUUGUAUAAAUACGUAUUUUAUAUGAAUAUUGUUAGAAAUAAAACACGUAAUAUUGUGUAAGUUUAUCAAAAUC